AUGCUGUGAAAGCUCACAAUGUUUGUUUCAGACAGAAUGAAAAAUCUGCGAAUGAGUGGGGAAAUUGUGGAAAAAAUAACCGUGGUGAAUUUAUACCAUGUGCAAAAGCAGAUAUAUUAUGUGGCAAAAUUCAAUGUGCUGGAAGUCAAAUGAUCGCCCAUUACCUACGUUUCCAGUUAUCGGAAGUAAUCGCAAGCGAAAUAAAAUUAUUUACACCUACCGUCAAAAGAUCAUUCAAUGUGUAAUGGGCGUGACAUCAUUAGGAGAUGAUUUGUUUAAUCCAACGUUAACUCCUGAUGGCAUAAAAUGCGGAGACAAUGCAAUUUGCAUGGACCAGAAAUGUGUAAAUAUAUCGUCUCUCACACAUAUUAAAAAUUGUCGAAAGGAUACUUGUCUCAAUGGUGGGAUAAAAUAUGGAAAAAUGUGUCACCAGAUGGAUUUGCACAUGCAAAACCACAUUUCAUGUCCAUUGUGCAAACAGUAAUAGCAGAUAAAACGCUCCAUUUCACACAUGCUUGGCCAUUCAGGUUGUCACAUGUUUUGUUUUUUGAAACUAUAUAUAAUUGUCUAAUCCUUAAUUGUUAUCAACCGUCAUUAUAUGUACUAAUUACCCCCAGGUUAAGAUUUCUUUGAUCAAAAUUGCUUUGCUCUUCUAUUUAAAUACUGAUUUCUUAAUUUAAUACUUUAGAUUAAAAACAUUUCUCUGCAAAUUGUCAAGUAUUUGCAGUUGUAUCCACAUCAAAGAGUAAUUGCAAUUCCCUUGGUAUUUUUUUAUUUAAUAGGUAAAGAGUCAGCCUCCUCGCGAGAGAGUAGCAUUAUAGUAGUAGCUAUCGGAUGUAUCUUAAGUAGACUGCAUCAUAUUAUGUCCGAUGUACAAUAUAAAAAUUUAUAUUUGCGAUUCUCUUUGUUGAUAUUCUCAGGAUCUGUUUCAUGAUUUUAUAUAAGUCUGUUUUUAGUGACGUGUUUUUUAUAACCAAGUAUUUUUAUUUCUUGCUUUUUAUUUUUCAAGCAGAUUUUUUGAUUUACUUUUAUGUGUGUUUUAAUCAUUUAUGGUUUCGAUUAGUUUUUAAAUAUGUUUUUUUGGUUUACAUUGCUUGAACGUGGGAAUGAUGUUUCGUCUGUUACUAGGUGAACAUCAAACUUUGUGCUAAUUAAUGAUAAUUUUAAUGGUAUUAAAUUAUAUUUGAAAACUAUUUUUAAUAUUUCUUUGCAUUUUUAUUUACCACCUAAUAGCUGUGCCGGUUACAAUGUGUAGUAUUUUUAUAUUCUAUCUAUGCUUGUUCAUCUUUUUACAUAACUUUUUGAUGCAGUUUAUUUUAUGUAAUAUAUUUGUUUGUUUUUUAAAAAAUGUGAUUUCGAAAAUUAAAAGAACUUAUAAAAAGUAUAUAAAAUUAUCAGAUAGAAGUAUAUAUCAUCAAUAAUAACUUAUUACUACUUUUGAUAAUCAUAUA